AUGGCAAAACUGAAGCAUCCGCGGCCAAGUAAGCGCCGUGCAGUUGAGUCCAACGACGAAGACGAAUGCGGAACUAAUUCCGAAUCAAGAUCGAGAUGCGGUGAAGAGUUAAAGAGCACCCAUGAGGAGAAAGAGGGUGGUGGUGAUUGGUACAACAUUGAAUCAAUUAAGAGCCACAGGGCUACCCCAGACGGAACAGUUGAGUACCUUGUCAAGUGGGAGCCAACUUGGGAGCCCGAGGCUGGCUUGAAAGAAUCAGUUCCAGAGAUUGUAGCACAUUAUAAUGAUGCCAUCAGCACCGGCAAAAAUGUCACUGAAAAAGGAGACAGAAAGCGGACCAGCGAAACCCCUGAGAAUCGAGAAACAACGAAACAAAAGAAGCUGGGUUACAAGGGGAAGUCGACCUCAGACAAUGCGACCGAGAAGUGGAGCCUACCGUUGGGCCCUUGGGAAGAUGACAUUCAGUCUAUUGACGCCAUAGAAGACGAGGGGGAUGGUAGCCUAGUUGCAUAUGUGACUUGGGUGGGUGGCAGAAAGAUCCUGCUUGAUGUACCAGUGUUACGCCGAAAAUGCCCGCAGAAGCGCUGGGCGGAUCUUGAGGAGAAGGACUGGCUAGAACUCGAAGAUUCAUAUCUCGAGUUAUUUGUGAAUGCGCAGGGCAAGAAGGUCUGGAUGGACGGCGCGAUGGCCUCAACCAAUGAGGAUUUUGAGUGGGAGGUUUGA